AUGUAUUCUCGAAUACUGCUAGUAGUAGUAUUAGUAGUAGUAGCAAUAGCAUCUUCGGGGCCAGUAAGUUCUCAACGCACAGAUUGUGAAAGAUCAUGUGGUGAUAUUGGUAUUCCAUUCCCCUUUGGUUUAGAAGAAGGAUGCUGCCACAGUAAAGAUCAACUUGUGACUUGUAAUCGAUCAUCUACAGGCAAUCCCAUACUUUUCCUUAAUGAUAGCCCCAUUGUUAUUAAAAAUAUGGUGCCUGCUGACAGUACAAUACGGGUUAUGGGUGAUGUCGCCCAUGAUUGCAACGAAGACAGCCCUGAUCAAGAUAUACGCAACAAGGCGUGGCUGAGUUUGAAGAAUUUCUGGAUCUCAGACAGCAACAACUUUGUUGCCAUUGGGUGUCAGACAGACGCAUACGUGAUAGGAAUUAAAAAAAAGGACCAGGUCAUUACUGGAUGCAUCACUACAUGUGAUGAUAACAGUAAUGGUAACACAAAUGGAUCUUGCUCAGGAAAUGGGUGUUGUGAAACGACGUUUCAAAAAGGAUUGGGCUAUUCACAAGUGAGGGUAAAUAGAAACAAUACAACGCAAUUAAAAACUUGUAGCCAUGCUUUUGUCGUUGAAAAAGGGGAGUACAACUUUUUAUCCACCGAUCUUGCUGAUUUUGGAAAAGAGGAGAUGCCGAUGUUACUUGUCUGGGCAAUUGGAGACAAGACUUGUAAAGAGGUUGAUAAGGGAGCCGAUGAUUUCUUAUGCAAAGGAGACCAUCAAGAAUGCAUUAAAGAUUAUGAUGGUCCUGGGUAUCGUUGUCAAUGUAAAGAAGGUUAUGCUGGCAACCCAUAUAUUAAAGAUAGCUGCACAAAUAUUGAUGAGUGUAAAGUCGGACCUCAUAAUUGCACAGAGAAACAGAAAUGCAUUGAUAAAGAAGGAGGCUAUACUUGCAUUGGAAAUGAAUUACCCAUUUCAAUGCUUCUUGUUGUAGGUACCUCAGUUGCUGGCUUAUUUUUACUUUUGCUCAUUACCUGGAUAUACUUGGGACUCAAAAGGCGUAAGAAUUUGAUUCUUAGAGAAAAGUUUUUCAAGCAAAAUGGUGGAAUAAUGUUGCAGCAAAGAAUUUCCGGGGAUGGUGGUUCUCAAAUUCAAGCUAAACUCUUCACAGUAGAGGAGCUUGAGAAGGCAACCAACAACUAUGAUCAGAGCACGAUUAUUGGAAAGGGUGGCUUUGGCACAGUAUAUAAAGGAGUUCUACCCGAUGACACUAUAGUAGCCAUAAAGAAGUCGAAGAUAGUAGAUCAAACGCAAACCCAAGUCGAUCAAUUUAUUAAUGAAGUUGUUAUCCUUUCCCGGAUCAAUCACAGAAAUGUUGUGAAGCUGAUUGGUUGCUGCCUUGAAACAGAAAUUCCUUCAUUAGUUUACGAGUUUAUUCCAAAUGGCACCCUCUUUGAUCACCUCCACAAUGUAUCCAAGUCCAAGGCCAUUAAUUGGGACAUCCGACUAAGAAUAGCAACAGAGACAGCUGGAGCACUUUCAUAUUUACACUCUGCAGCGUCUGUUCCAAUUAUUCACCGAGAUGUGAAGCCAAUGAAUAUACUUAUUGAUAGUAGCUAUGUAGCAAAAGUAGCUGAUUUUGGAGCGUCAAGGCUAAUUCCAAUGGACCAGAAGGAAUUAGCAACAAUGGUGCAGGGAACACUAGGUUACUUAGAUCCGGAGUACUUUCACACAAGUCAACUCACUGAAAAGAGUGAUGUUUAUAGUUUUGGGGUAGUACUUGUGGAACUCUUAACUGGAAAAAAGAUUAUUGACUUUGAAAGGCCAGAGAAAGAAAGGAAUUUAAUCAAACAUUUUAUCGCUUCUUUAGAAAAAGAGAGACUAUUAGAGGUUCUUGAUGAACACUUGCAACUAAAGGAAGUUCCUCACGAUAUCAUCCUAAUUUCAAGGCUUGCCCAAAGAUCCUUGCACCUUAAAGGAGACGAAAGGCCUACCAUGAAGGAAAUGGCAUUAGAGCUGGAAGGAAUAUCGGCAUCAAUGAUUGACAAGCAUCCAUGGGUGAAAAGCACUCCAAAUGAAGAAGCCACUGAAUAUUUGCUUAAUAGACCAAGUGAAGAGUACGAAGAUACUGACGACUCCAACACAGGCCCAACAGCUUUUUAUAGCAUGAUCCACAAGCCUAAGAUAACACCAAUCUAGGUAGGGACUUGCAUCUUUCGUUGUUGUUGUUGGAGUGAGGAAUGACCAGAGCCAACAUAUAAUUAUCAAUCAUUUGAUAAAAUUACUAGAUUUUGCUUAUGUAAUUUGUUUAAUCUGUCAAAUUUGGUGAAGUUUAUUAUAGUGCUUGAUUUAAGAUUGUAAGU